GAGUCGCCUCAGGAAGACACCUACCCUGCUCCCUACGGUCGCUCUUGCUUCAACUGCUCCCAAGCAAAAUGCAAGUGUAUCUAUCCCAAGGCAGGCGGUCGAUGCCAGAGGUUCGCUUAUCGUCCCAUCCACUUGAAGGGUGGCAUUAAUGUUCUCCUCUUCCGACAGAUGUCAACGCCUAGAUAAAGAGUGUCGCCAAUCCGCCGCCAGUCGACGCUCAACCACGCGCAGAUCAGCCACGUCCAAAAGCUCGGCCAAAAUAUCCCGCCUAGAAGACAAGUUGGAGGAUCUGGUUUCGCUGUUGCGCGCGGGCGUCCAACCUAGCAAUGUCACCACAACCACCAUGCUCGGCCUGCUCGGGCAGCUGCCAGAAAACCAACCUUCGUCAAACAGCAACGCCGCAUCGCCUCCCAACAUGUCCGAUAUCCCCAUGGGCAGCAGUUCCGGACCCAGUCCGGUUUACGCCAGCCGCAAUACCGGCUCUGCUUCGACCCCGGACACGAGCAUCUCAGACAGCGGAGGCUCCCUAUCGUCGGGUGCUUCGUCCCUGAACGCCAUGGAACCGUCGGGCCUGCAGGCGGAGGAAUACCUCACCUUCUUCCAAACUCAGAUGCUUCCUUACUUUCCAUGCAUGUAUAUUCCGCCAGGCACCACGUCGCAGAAGCUCCGUCGAGACCGCCCGUUUUCGUGGCUGUGCAUCAUGGCCGUGACGGCCCGGAGUAGCGCGCAGAGUCGCCCUCUUUUUGAUAGAAUCAAGCACAUCGUGUGUCAGAAAUUGGUGUAUGAAUACUCGUGCCGUGACCUUGACAUUCUUCAGGGACUCCUGAUCUAUCUCGGAUGGUCCAACCAACAAGUCUACAACAAAGCCAACGUGCACGUUUUCACUCAGCUUGCAAAUGGUAUUGUCUAUGAGAUGGGUCUCUUCAAUCCCGAGGCAAAGGGAAAGCACGUGCUCUUGUGUGUACAUACGGAAGCCCACGAAGAUCGCGCGGCUCCUCCCAGUCAGAUCAUGGAACAGCGCAGGGCUGUUCUGGGAUGCUUCCUUUUAACGUCCAUCAUCGCUACCUUCCUGCAACAAAGCGAUUCCCUGCGCUGGACAUCCUACAUGGAUGAGUGUCUUCGUUUACUGGAGGAGCAACAGGAGAGCAUCAACGACGAAAUUCUUGUCCAGCAAGUUCGACUUCAGUUGAUCAAUGACAAACUCAGCCUAGGCGGCUUUUGCGGGGCGUCUUCCACGUCCCGGGAGUCGAUGCGACCGUCGCCUGCUGUAUAUAUUCGGCCGAUGCAGGCUCAGCUGCAGACUCAACUUCAGGGGAUUAUGAGCAGAGUUCGACCCAAUUCCCAAGGAUAUAAAAUCCUUCUCAUGCAUCACUACAACACCUCGUUGAGCCUCUAUGAGUCCGCUCUUACGAAAGGCGCCAUUGCCUCCAUCACAAAUGUGAGCUACGAACAUCUCGAUUAUCUGUACGGUUGCCUUGAGGCUGCCAAGUCGUGGUUCGAUGUGUUCCUGAGCAUCCCACCGGCGGAGUAUAUCGGCUUUCCCUUCGCUAUGUUCUCGCAGAUGGUGCAGAACCUCGUGACGCUCUAUCAGUUAUCGACCUUGGACAACUCGGUCUGGGAUACCAGCAAUGUUCGUCGAACGGCAGAUAUCAUACAGAUCAUGAACAUGGUGAUCUCCAACAUGGGCCAAGUCGCGUCUCUCAACGGUCUCGAUGGGGAUCCCGGGGGCGACGUCUUCUCCAACAUCGCCAAGACAUAUCAAGCUGUGCGUGUGGGCUGGGAGACCAGGCUGGAUCCAAGUCCGAUGGGCUCACACGUAGCGAGCUCGAUACCAUCGCUGUCGGUCCCGACGCUCUCUGAGCCGCCAGACGCUUUGUCGGUAUCCGACACCUUUCCGUUGGUGGAGGACAACGACUGGCUGGCGGAUAUGCUAAGUACGAUGGAUCGGAACAACAAGGGUCUAACACCGACCAUCCCCGGUGUUCCCGGUGUACCGUGACGCAUGAUGUGACUGUAGCCGACCCCAAAACCACAUGGCCAGAAGACACCAAAGGCAUGUGGGAUGACGUGCGGCGCGAUUGACUUUGACUGAGCCCUGUCAUCAGCAUCUGCGCCAUGCAGCCCCCGAGGCCGUUCUCUCGAUGCGCAGCCCUCAACAGCCUCCUUUUCCCUACGGGGCGGACCACGCUUGUUGGACGGGUCUUGACCGUCGAGAGAGUACUCUAUACAACAGGGGCUUCUGAACUCGCCCCGCUAUGAGUUUACGAUUACUUAUACUGUAAUAAUUCGACCAGACUUGACGGAGAUUAUACUAGACUUGUCUGAAGGGGGUCAUUCGUUUCUGUUUGGCUAUUUCUCGUUCUUGGUUCAUGAUAAAUAUUCCCCUCCAGUAUGGGGAUUUGUAUGUUAGCGUGCGUGCAAUGGCAACUGGACAAUUUAAUUGUGUUAUCUGUC